GCCCAAAUAAUGGGUCGCCGAGGUAGUACAACAGAAAUUGAGCUAGAACGCAUGCUACUUGAUGAAGAUGCAGAGCCCAGGGCCCUGCCACUCCCACUUUUGGAGAAAUUAACGGAUGGUUUCUCUGACAACCUGGAAAUUGGAAGAGGCAGAGCUUGAGAAUGGGACCAUCGCUGUAAAGAGGAUGUUCAACACACAUAUGCAUGAGAGGGAAUUCAACCGAGAGAUUGAAUGUCCAAUGCAAGUGAAGCACAAAAAUAUAGCACGUUUUUUGGGAUACUGUGCAGACACCCAAGGAAGGAUGGAGAUCUACAAUGGUCAAUUCGUCAUGGCAGAUGUACAACAAAGAUUGACCUGCUUUGAAUAUAUACCUAAUGGGAGUCUUGAUGAAUAUAUCAAAGAUCCGUCCAGUGGACUGGAAUGGAGAAAGCGGUAUAAGAUAAUCAAAGGGAUCUGUGAGGGGUUAAAUUAUCUUCACCAAAAAAAAAUAUUGCACUUAGAUUUAAAACCAACAAACAUAUUGCUGGAUGAAGAUAUGACGCCAAAAUUUAUCGAUUUUGGUUUAUCAAGGUGUUUGAAGGAAGGGGAAACGCGGGUCUUUACUUCAAACAUAGCUGGAACGAUCGGAUAUUUGGCACCGGAAUUCACUAGGGGUGUAAUCACAUACAAGUUUGACUUGUAUAGUCUUGGUGUUAUAAUUGGGGAGAUAUUGACCGGGCGGAAGGGGUACCAGACUGUUGAGGAAGUACUUGAAAGUUGGUGUAACUGGUCAGAUGAAUCACAGUUGGAACAAAUACGAGUAUGCGUUGGGAUUGGGAUGGAGUGCAUUGAAUACAACCCAGGGAAGAGACCAGAAAGUAUAAACCAUAUAAUUGAUAGGCUUUUAGUAACUGAAAGUACAAUGAUAAUUCCAGCAGGUGGACCAAGCGAGCUUCUUGUCCUUGAUAAGUUGGCACUCUCCUUCCCAUUCGAGCCAAACAUGGUUAUCACGUGCCCGCUGCAGCUAACAAACAACACUGAUAAACACGUGGCAUUUAGACUUAAGGAAAAUACUGGGAAGUCGUUCCUAAGGCUGCCAUUGUAUGGGAUUGUGACUCCAAGGUCCCUUUACACACUUGAUGUGACAAUGGAAGAGCAUAGAGAGCUGCCACAAAAGAGAAACAUGUAUAUGAUCCUCGAUAGUGCCACAAUAUUGGGGGAUGAUGUUGCCCACAUAUUUGAAAGCCAGCCAGACGAUUUUUUCAAGACAGAAAGAAAGACAGGGAAUGUUGUGCAGAUCAUACUGAAAGCAUUUUAUACUCUGCACCAUGAUACGAAAGAUCCAUCUAAGAUUGGAUCCAAAUCACACCAUCUGUCAUCCGGAGAUACGGGAUCCAAACCACUCGACCUGUCAUUUGAUCAUAUAGGAUCCAAACCAAACCAUCUGGCAUUUCAACAUUUGAAGGACAUAACAGACAACUUCUCUGACAAGCGAAUACUUGGUAAAGGUGGUUUUGGUGUCGUAUAUAAGGGAGUGCUACAAAGUGGGCAAGUGGUUGCAGUAAAGAAGCUUGUAAUGGGAAUGCCGACCUCAGAGAAGCAAUUUGAGAAUGAGGUUAAUCUUCUUAUGAAACUAGAGCACCCAAAUAUAGUGCAGCUAGUAGGCUACUGCUACGAAACAGUGCGAUUGCAUACGCCUCACGAAGGAGAGUUUGUUUUUGCUGAGAACACUGAAAGUUUGCUUUGUUUGGAAUGCCUGCCUAAUGGAAGUCUGGAUAAAUACAUUUCAGAUGCAUCUUCUGGACUUGAUUGGCGCACACGGUGGAAAAUAAUUGAGGGGGUUUCCUUUGGUCUACAGUACCUUCAUGAGCAACCUAAAGGUCCCAUUGUUCAUUUGGACCUAAAACCUGCGAACAUACUGCUAGAUAAAAAUAUGGUACCGAAGAUUGCAGACUUUGGUCUGUCAAGAUUGUUUGAUGAAAAACAAAAUAUUUCGACUGCAUUACAUGGUGGGACAUUAGGUUACAUGCCGCCCGAAUUUACACGUGGUAAGCUCACGCUUAUGUCAGACAUAUUCAGUUUGGGUGUAAUAAUCUUGGAGGUAAUAACCGGACACAAGGAAUAUCCAUAUGAUAUUAGAACAGAGUCCAAGGAUUUCAUUGAGCAUGAGCUUCAAAAAUGGAGAAAUGUGCUGCAAGAAGAACCGACAUCAUCGACAUUGCUAGAUAUGGAUUCCCAUCAAAUAGAAAGAUGCAUUCAGAUAGGUCUAAUCUGCGUCAAUCUUGAACGGUCUAGGAGGCCUACAAUGAAGAAAAUUAUCGAUAUGCUGCAAGGGUCAGGAAGUAUAGAUUGGUACAUUACCAAUGAGCUAUCAUGCCAUGACAUCCAGGAGGAGCCAUAGUUCAUCAAAGGAGAUUGUCACGACUUCGAUCGUUCUGUCUCUUUUGAGAUCAAUAACGAGGGAACUCCCUGGUUCCAUUACUGAGAAAGAAGCCUGAUACAUCAGGACUAGUACAAGGGUUCAAAAGAUUAAAACAGACUCCAGGGCGUGCCAAACGCGCCAACAGUGAACAAUGAUCACUGCAAGAACAAAUGCCACAUUACACAUCUAGCUGAAAAGGGACAGGCGGUAGAGUGAUGAAGCCAAAGCGACCAGAAGGCGUCGAGUCUAGAGGUAGGGAGGACCGAGAGGAGCAACCUCAAUGGCGUCCUUCUCGGUCCCCACUUCACCUGUGUUGGCCCUCUCGUCAGCUGUGCAGGUGUAGACCGAAGAGGUCCAUCUGUUCCAGCAUAUGUUAUUUCGAGAUCAGGCGCUACUUCAUGAUUGUCCUUAAAACGAGACGACACCAUUGAAGACUAGAUUGUUUCUCUUCCACAAAGCCCUCAGAACAGCAGCAAUAAUUGAAUUCAGUUUCUUCCCAGCUACCCAAUGGGAAGUGAUUGAUUCAUAAUUCUGUAUAGUGGUAUGCGCCUAAUUAAUUUAAGUUUGCUCAUGUUGUUCUGCAGGGAUGUUGAUCCCUUUCUGUUCUUCUUGCAAACUGUGCUUAUGUGGACGACCGCCUUUGCAAGCGUUUGAUUUUUUUUUUUGCCACACAUUUGAAACUCUGUUAGUUCUUGGAUUAAUACGCAGCACAAUGGACCAGGUUUCCGUAAAAAGGAUAGAGU